AUGGCUCAAGCAUACACGGAAGAAGACCACGAGACAUUCUGGGCUGAUAAUGAGGACAUGAGGCUCAAUGAGCUCAGUGUCGUUAAUAAACAACUGUUCAAACAAGGGGGCUCAAAGUACUGGAAGGUCGCCGUCCCUCAAUUGCGCCGCUACCCUCAAGCGAUGAUGGACAGCGGGGGCUCGUACGAAGCUGGCUCAUGGACAGCGGUAGUCGUGGCCGAUUCGCACCAGAGUCAAGCACGUCGUGUCUCUGGCUCUGACCCAAGCCACGUAAAAAUAAUACCUCUACAAACUUAUGAGCCAUCGGUUGGUAAUCUGUGGCACGAAACCGUCCUCGACUCCGUAGAUGACGAAUUCGCUCAACCAUACGAGCGUUCGAUUUUCGAUGCAGCCGUAAACGCUUACAGGGAUUUAUACUUGGAAAUCAUGGAUGAUCCAUUUUCAGCAACACACCUUGUUCGCAAUUGUAUUCGCGCGGCGUGGGAGCAGAUGAUCUGGCGAGAUGAACACCAAGUCAGCAGGCACCUGACUCAAAAUGUGUGGCAUCACCGUAUCAGCCACAGGGUUCCUCCACUGGAGGAUUUUGAAAACAAAAUGGCCAUUGAUAACGAAGCCAUGAAGGACUAUCAGACACUCAUGAGUCUGCAAGAAUCUGCUAGGCAUAACAGAUACAUACUCCAACUUAUCCUUUAUAAAUUUCGCCUUCGAGACACACGCUGUUUGUCAGUAAAGGCGCCAGAAUUUCACAAUCACAUGGCAGAAGGGGCUGAGUCGUGGAAGUUUUUGGAUGCAAAGCUUCAGUACGUAGAGGAAUCUCUCACUAAUCACACGAAGAUGUACUAUGAUCGCUCUGCAAUGGAAGAGACGUACGAAGCCAAGAUGCAAUCGCGGGAAUCAAUGCGGCAAACAAAGGAGACCGCAGCCGCGAAUCGGAUGGCACGAAGCUCCGGCCAGCUAACCAAGAUAGCUACCAUCAUUGUGCCCUGCACGUUUGUGGCCUCCAUCUUCUCCAUGGGUGGGGAUUUUGCUGCUGGCGAGAGCCUGUUUUACGUUUACUGGAUUAUAUCUGUGCCCAUCACUCUUGGAUUACUUUUCUGGAUCAUUCAUGAAGAUAUAGUGGAUGCUGUGCAAAAGCCGAAAAAAUGGAUGAACUCGAGGAAGACGAAGCUUAGUGAAAAGUCGCAAGCAUAGUUGGUUUCUGC